AGAAAAUCUCACUAACCUUCCCAUUUACAAGUUGAUACAUACACAUCCCCGCACCCUCUCUUUCUCUCUUUCACUCUUACUCUCUUUUCACAGUCUCCAUACACAUCUAUCAUUACAUUCAUUCAUUCUAUCAUAUAUCAAAUCUUAUUGCUAUGCCUCUUGAAUUCGCCCAUCAACACAAUGGUCAAUUUCCAGACGUAGGGCCAUGGAGACAUCCUGAGGCCAGGCCACUACAGCUAUCGGCGCCUCUCGGACUCGAGACUCUUCCUGGACAGCGCUUUACUAAAGUCAAGCGUAAAGCCUUUGAUCUGAACUUGAUGGUAGUAGGCGAGAGUGGACUAGGAAAGACCACAUUUAUGAACACACUCUUCAAUUCGAAUCUCAAGGAAGAGAUCCCUGUAAAAAAAAUUCAUUCAUCUCAGACUGUCGAGAUUACGCCCUCGUACUAUGAAUUGGUUGAGGAUGGUGUUCUGUUGAAUCUUUGCGUUGUAGACACACCUGGUUUUGGUGACGAACUGAAUAGGGAGCGCAAUUUAGCGCCUAUUAUCGAAUACAUUGAUCGGCAAUAUGAAGAAUACAUGGCAGCAGAACGCCACCCGGGAUUCCGAAAGACAAUUCCGGAUACCAGGAUUCAUGCAGUUCUCUACUUUCUCGCGCCUACUGGGCACGGACUAAAGGAACUGGAUGUUAGAGCACUGAAGAACUUGUCUGAAAAAGCGAACGUUAUUCCACUCAUUGCUAAGGGGGACACCAUGACAGCUGAAGAAAAAGUUGCCUUUAAAAGCCUUUUGCUACGUGACUUGGAAGAAUACCAAAUUAGGACCUUUCCAUCAUCGUAUCCGGAUGAGGUUGAUGAUGCUGAGGAGUUGCUGAAACACAUUCCAUUCUCUGUCAUUGGAAGUGAUAGCUUUGCGCUUGUUGGAAACAUGAAAGUCCGUGCUCGUUCUUAUCGAUGGGGAAUUGUUGAAGUCGAGAACCCUGAACACUCGGAUUUUGUUCACCUGAGAGAGCUUCUCCUAGCAACCUGUCUUCAUGAUCUUGUCGAGUGUACCCAUGGUACUCAUUACCACGCUUUCCGUGCUAAAGCUCUUCGUUCCAGAGGAAGACCCACGUCAAUUUUGAAGUGUGAUGAUUCGUAUGAAUCCCAAAUUAUGGAUGCUCGCCAGAGAAAUCGACAGGAGAUGGAACGUAAAGAGGAGGAAAUCCGUCAAAAGUUUAUUGAGAAGGUGCAGGAGAAAGAGACUGCACUGCGUGAGCGUGAGGAACAAUUGAAUGCCAAGAAGGCUGAAAUGGUGGCUGAAUUAGAGCAGUACAAGGUAUUGUUGGAGAAGGAACAGCGAGAGCUGGAUGAGUUGAUUGCAAACUCGCGAUCCAAUACCCUGUCAAAGAGCACAAGCAAGCUAAACAAGGCCAAAUGAGCAUACUUUACACCUUUUUAAUUCCCUUUCUGGAUGUAAUCACAACCAUGCAUGUUCAAGCUGAAUUUCCAUGACUCUAUCUCAUAUCUCCAAUAUUAUUCUACCCAAUAUAAUAUCUGUAAGGACAAGAGUGAUUUGCUCGUGAAGCAACACUUCUUUUUUAAUUAUUUACUUUUAUUUUUGCUAUAGCAAUAUGAUCUGAUGUUUGUCCAUAGAAAGACCAAUCUCCAGACAGGUAG